UUUUUCCAUUUUUGACCAUUCUCAGUUGAGUUCACCUCCUGGCUGUUGGAUCUCGGGAGAGGGACAUCCCAGCCCCAGACACGGCGCGACUGCGCGAGCACGAGACAGCAUCCUCCAAAGCUCCCGCGUUCGUGGCUUCCGACGGAGGUAGGGAGCGAGAGCGCGAGGCGGUGGCCGCGGAAGGGGAGGAGCGCCAAGCACCAUGGAUCAGCGCCAGGUGGUUAGCGAGAAUUAUGCCAAUCCCAUUACGUGCUUCUUCCAUGUGCUUUUCAAGGCGGCGGCGCUAGCCUUCUACAUCCUGUUCUCGCUCUUUGUGAAGAGCUUCGUCAUCAUCUUUGUGAUCACCGUGCUCCUUGCGGCGCUCGACUUCUGGGUGGUGAAGAACGUGAGCGGCAGGAUUUUGGUCGGGCUGCGGUGGUGGAAUGAGAUUGACGAUGAGGGAAACAGCGUGUGGAAGUUUGAGUGCCUCGAUGGGGAGUCUCUCGCUCGGAUGAACAAGAAGGAUUCGUGGCUGUUCUGGUGGACUCUUUACUUGACUGCUGCUGCAUGGAUUGUUCUCGGUAUAUUUUCACUCAUAAGACUUGAGGCUGAUUACCUUCUCGUUGUCGGAGUUUGCUUGAGUCUAAGCAUUGCAAACAUUGUUGGCUUCACCAAAUGCAACAAAGAUGCCAAGAAGAACAUCCAGGCUUUCGCUCAAAAUGCUCUCGCUUCCCGCGUCACAUCAUCGCUGCAAUCAGCGUUCGGUGUCAUCUAAAAUCCCGCGUGGAGCUGCUGAUAUUACACACAGCAGUGUACGAUUUGUCAAAAGGACAAGCUUGCAUUCUAUGCUACUGCCUUUCCUCUGAUUGCAAGGAUGUAACUCCACCAGCGUAGAUAGCAUAUUGUACUGUCCCGUUUUCAUACGUUUUUUUGACUCAUCAUACAACAAAUAGGUCGAUUUUGAUGUGAGUACCAGAAAACAGCUUUGGUUAAUGCUCUUGGAUGAUUUGUCCAUGAAGCUUUCAUACACUUCUCCUGCACUGAAGAGCAUUCUUUUGCCAUGGAGAUGAAAACUACUACUGUAGGGAGCAUUUUACUUGUCUGAACCUGGUAUCCAAUACAGAAGUGCUUUGUUGCUUAAA